AUGUCCAGAUUUAUCCUCAACCGCGAACACCACCACGACUUUAUUGACUUGAAUCUUCUAUCACCAUCAUUUAUAAAGGCAACAACCCAUAAUUGGGAGACCAUUGAUCAACUCGAAAGGAUGGUCAGAACUCGAGGAAUGGCUACGGGCGCUCGGCCAAAGGUCCAGCCUCUACCGGCUAAGCCUUCCAAUGCCGAAAAAGCCGCCAAAGCUGCCAGAACAAAGACUGGGAAAGAGGAAAAGAAGGCCGCGAGGGAUGCAGCGAAGGCCGAUAAGGACGCAAACAAGGCUGCAGCAACGGCCGCAGCAAAGACUGCGAAGGUUGCCAAUACCAAAAACGGCACAAAGGGCACAAAACGCACAAUUGCUGCGAAGACCAAAGCUGUCAAAGCCACGAAAGCCACUAAGGCCACUAAAGCCACCAAGAAAACCAAGACCACCAAGAAUACAAAGGCCACAAAGGCCACAAAGGGAAGAGCAGCUCCCGAGAAGGCUUUAACAUAUCAAUCGGAUGAAGAUGAGGACGAAGACGAAAAAAGCGAAAGUGAAGAAUAUCACGAUGAACCACGCGCCAAGAGGCGCAAGGUUGAGACUCUGUCUUCUCCUGGUCUUUCUGUGCAAAUCGGCCCACCCAGAGUAAACCGUCCGGUUGUACAAAUUGGGAAAUGGGAGUACAUGAGGAAAGCCGACAUCCCAGAAGGCGUGGAGAACGAAGAUAACAAACCCCUACCCCACGUCUAUAUUGGAGGCUGUGCACCACAUCCUCGUUGGGUGGUCACUCGAACCGAAAGGUUAAAAGUCCCUUCCAAACUACAUGCCUCAGAUGCAAACUCUAGUAUCAUGACGGACUUCGGAGGUUUACAAUGGACGUUUGAAGAAGGAGACUUCAAGAAAUGGACCGGGCUAGAAUACCCAGCUCUUUUCGAACUUGCGUAUUUGUGUCUCGAAUAUACGCUCAUUGAUACGGAGAUCCGAGAGCAGAUCUAUGAGUCCCUAGCCCAGGGCCCCUUGCCCGAGGCUGUGGCCGUUGGUUACAAUUGGUACCCAGCUCUGCCGGCAAUGCCCCUCACAAGGCGCUUUGCGACAGGAUCCUCCCAGCAAUCCAGUCGAAGACCAAGUGACUCAGGGUUUUACUUCAGUAACUUUGAUCGUCCAAAUAUGGCAGUCCGACCACGAAAUAAUCGCAUGGUGCAACCGCAUCUGCCUCUUGUGCCUUCCAUUGUCUCCAAUCACCCGAGAUUAGAGGAAUGGCCAACUGCCUCGCGUUCUGCAAGUCCAGACCAGGAAAGCGAACGGAGCAGCGAAGGAAGUCAGCCAGGAGAGUCCAGAAAGUCGUCUGUGUCAGAGGACGCUUACCUGGAGCGAAAUACAGAGGGCACUUACUCGGAACUGGCAGCCGCCAAAUCUCUUGGAACCGGGCAGAGCGGCAAGCAAGACAGCGAACAGGACAGCGAGCGGAACAGCGAAGAAAGUCAGUCAGUCGAUUCCAGGGGGUCGUCUGUGACCCGGGAGUCCGACCUGGAACUAAAUCCAGGGGGCAUUUAUUCGGAACCGAAAACCCCUGUACCUCUUGGAAAUGAUGGCAAAAUUGCACCAAAUGAUGCAGUCCCAGAAGAUGGUUCAAUCUUUGGCGACGCCAAUGACGAUCAGGUUGAGCCCAACUCAGCCCGAGGCUCUCGAGAACAAUCACCUAGUAGUAGCAUUUUCUCGGGCUCCGGCUCCGAUAGCGAGGUCAGCGCUUCUUCCAAGACCAGCGAGCCUAGCAAGUUCAAUGCCGCUGACGAUAAUAGCGCCCAAUCGACGAAUAGCCUGUCCUCGGUGUCCCAUGAUGGGCUCUUCAGCCCUGGACAGAUUGAGAGGUAUUAUAGAAAGCAAAAAAAUUUUGAAAGCUUAGGUGGUGUUGAACAUCGCGAAGGGUCAGAACGAAAGCGCCAACCACAGCCACCACCAGGUCCCCUUCGGGAAGCGCUGGAGACAUUGGAAGACGCACAGAAAGAGUUAGAAAUGGCAGAGCUCGAAACAGGAGGGAUUCCAGAGUCAAGUAAACGAAUGCGGAUGGAGUCACCAUCAACACCAUCACCACAUGCGACUCGAAGGAAGACAGCGGCUGAGAUCAUGGUGGACAAAUUUAUGUCGUUCGCACGAGCAGGGAAAGAAAAACGGGAUAAAAUGCGAGCAGUUGCAGCGGAGAAAAUAUCAGACAAACCGCCGGUGGCACUGUUGAAGAAGACUACAGGAAAUCAGGCGGGUGCAAGAUCACAGGCAUGCGCACCUAGUCCUGAGAUUCCGCCUAAUCUGCAAGAUGAGUUCCUGGAACAGGCCAAGGCAUAUCUCAAGGACCCAAUUCAAAGGGCGAGACAUUUCCCUGACCCUCCUGCUGUUCGCCGAGCCAGAGUAUGGGCAGGGGAGGAAUUGGUGGACCAUGAGAUCAAACCCACGGUCGACGCUACGCUGCCACCUUGGGCUGAAAGACAUCGGCCUUUCAAUCAAUGGCUGAAUCCAGUAAGUUCCUCAUUUAUUGAACUUUUUGGGAAUCACGCUGAUCAUAUUCGAUUAGAUUGGGAUGACUCCUGCGCCUGCGGCAUGCACAAAGGUCUCGAGGUCGAAAAGACGGAGCAAGGGACAAGGUAA